GUCAUUUAAUGCAGAAUGAAUUUAUCAUUGUACACGUGAACCAAAAGCAAAAUGGAAAGAAAAAGUACUGGAAUUGAAAUGACAAAGAAAAAAAGGGAAAAAAAUCGAAAAAUGGCAGAUGCGAAGAUGUUCGCCCAAGAUUUGAGAGGAUAUAUUCGAGGAUACUGUGAAGUAUCCAGUAUACAAGGAUUAGCUAAUACUUUACACACUACUACUCUUGUUGAAAGGAUUUGGUGGGUUGGUGUCUUCAUGUUUGGAAUUGCAGGAUCCUGCUUUAUGGUAUAUCGAAUCCUGAAUAAAUUUUUUACAACUCCUGUUCUCGUUGCCUUAGCCACGAAAGAAAGUACUAUCAAUGCUAUUCCUUUUCCUGCUGUUACCAUAUGUCCAGAGGCUAAAAUAUCGUCCAGCUGUCUGAAUUAUACUGGUAUCCUCAAAGCUAGGAAAGGAAAUACUACUGUUGAAUAUGAGAUUAAUCAAAAUGUUAUGUUCGAUUAUAUGGCAGCCUUAUGUCGACAAGAAAAUCAUCAAGGAGCUUCAUCUUCAAUGCCCCAAACCAUAGAAUAUGCAGAAUUUUUUGAUGAGUGUAAAGCAGUCAAACUCGAAAAUUCUUACUGCGCUUGGAUGGGAAAAAUGAAAAAUUGUAGCGAAAUAUUGACACCAAUAUUAACAAGCCAAGGAUUAUGCUACAGUUUCAACAUGUACGAUGUCAGAGAUAUAUACACAGACUUGAAUACAAUGAAAUACUAUGAUAAGCAAAGUAAUAGAAGGCAGGAUUGGGAUCCUGAAAAAGGAUUCUCGGAUGCAACGGACUUGAGAAAUAUGUACCCCAAAAGAGCAAUAUUGAACGGUGCUAAAAGUGCACUGGUAGUUGUGUUAUUAACAGAUCGAGAGGAUAUCAAUUAUGCAUGUCGAGACUUCUCUAUUCAAGGAAUGAGAGUGUCCCUUCACAACCCGGCAAGUAUCCCUAGGCUGGGGCAAGUUUUCUUUUCUGUAGGGCUAGAUCGCCUCACGACUGUUGCUGUUCUACCCACAGUGACCUCAACAUCCGACAAAAUCAGAGAGUACAGCCCUGAAAAAAGAGGAUGCUUCUUCGAUCACGAGAGAGAACUUAAAUAUUUCAAAUACUACUCACAGUCAAGUUGUAAUAUCGAAUGCUGGACCAACUAUACCAUCAAUGAAUGUGGAUGCGUUGCUUUUCAUAUGCCUCGAGAUAAUAACACAAAAGAUUGUACUCCGAGACAAGGUUCAUGUAUAGAGGAAGCAAGAAUUGGUUAUACCGAAGAUAUACUAAGGCAACGAUUAAAUAAACAGAAUCCGGCAAAUGCAAGAGUCGAUUGUAAUUGUAUGCCUCUAUGUGCAGAAAUAACCUACAAUGGUGAAAUAUCUUCAGUAGAUUGGAAUUUCAAUGACAAUGAUGAUGUACAAUUCGAUGAUGAUAGACAGGAAAUGUCAAGAUAUCGAGCUUCAGCCAUAAAAAUUUUCUACAAAAACAGAUACUUCUUACCAACCGAAAGAGAUGAACUUUAUGGAACUUCUGAAAUGAUUUCAAAUAUCGGUGGAGCUCUUGGACUUUUUACAGGUUUCACCUUAGUUACAUUAGCUGAAAUAAUAUAUUAUUUGUCCAUAAAACUGAUUGAUAAUUACAGGAGACAUCAUCAUUGGGCAGGACCUAGGGUACAAGUUAAUAUUGUUAUGGAGGUAAAGACUAAAUAUCAAUCCAAUAAUGAAGAUGAGAAAUAUAUUCAGAGGAAAAAAAAUUGUACUAAUAAUAUUGGCAGAUAUCUUAAACAAUUUUGUGAAUUCACCAGUAUACAAGGACCUGCAUAUAUUGUUAAGAAUGUGUCGACUUUGGAAAGAAUUUGGUGGAUCUCCGUAUUUCUUCUUGGACUUAUUGGCCAAUGUAUAAUGGUUUAUGAAAUUUGCGAAAAAUAUGUUACCUCACCAGUUCUUGUGUCACUAGCGACCAAAGAAGGCAUCAUACGGGAUAUUCCUUUUCCGGCUGUAACAAUCUGUCCUCAAGCUAAAGUUUCCCAUAAAUGUUUGAACUACACAGCUAUUCUUCGUGCUAGAAAAGCAGGCAAAAUGUUAAAUACAAGUCUACACGAAAAUGAGCUUUUUGAUUAUAUGUCUCUUCUGUGCAAAUCAGAGAACCACGAAGGUACAUUUUCCAUUUUGAAAGAAGAAAUGAAUAAUACCACACCUGCAUUAUUGGAGAUUUUGAAUUUAACUCAGGGGUACUUUCUGGACGAUUAUGCAAAUUUUCUAGACGCAUGUAGAACAGUGGACCUGAAAGAAGCAUAUUGUAUUUGGAUGGGUGUAAAGGUUGAGUGCCAAAAAGUUUUGACUCCAAUUUUAACAGAGAAAGGAUUAUGUUACAGUUUCAACAUGUACGAUGUCAGAGACAUUUAUAGUGAUCUGAAUCAAAUGGAAUACUUUCCGGAAAGUAACAGAAGACUUGAUUGGAAUCCUGAGAACGGUUAUACUGAGACACCAGAAAAUUCAGAAAAAUUAUACCCUAGACGUGCUCUUAUACAUGGCGCAAAUAAUGGCUUUGUUGCUGUUUUCUUCAUAGACAAAAAUGAUAUUACCUACGCAUGUGAAGAUUUUGCCACUCAAGGAAUACAGGUUACAUUACAUACACCUACAAGAAUUCCACGGCCAGAAAAAAUCUUCUUCUCUGCAGGACUUGACAGUUUGACUUAUGCUGCUGUCAUCCCAACAUAUACAGAAACCUCUAAUAGAAUCAAACAUUAUGAUCCAUUGACAAGAUUUUGUUACUUUAGCAAUGAAAGGCAGUUGAAGUACUUCAAAUUUUAUUCUCAAUCUAACUGCCAAUUUGAGUGUCUUGUAAACUAUACUAUUGAACACUGUGAAUGUGUUAGUUUUUAUAUGCCAAGGGACAACAAUACAGAACUUUGUCGUCUUGAGGACCGAUUUUGCCUAGAAGAAUCUAGAAAAAACUACACUGAACAUAUUCUGCAAGAACAUCUGGAAAUGGGUUAUCCAAGCAUUGGAUGCAACUGUUUGCCUCUGUGUGGAGAUCUUACUUAUAACACUGAACUAUCACAAACUGAAUGGGAUUGGAUGAAUCCGGAUGAAGUUGAGUUGGACUCAAUUCGGAAGGAUAUAUCAAAGUAUCAUGCUUCAGGAGUUAAGAUUUUCUUCAAGACUGGAAUUUUCCUUCCUACUCGAAGACAUGAACUAUAUGGAACCACAGAUUUGAUAUCAAAUAUUGGUGGAAUUUUGAACCUUUUCGUCGGAGUUUCAUUGAUAACUUCUGCCGAAAUAAUAUAUUUCCUAUCAUUCAAACUGUUAGAUAAUUAUUACAGAUAUAGACAAUGGAUUGGGCCAUGAAGGAGCAAGGCAUCCAUUUAGAAUUUCUUGUUGUAUGAAGCA